AUGAGCGUGGGCAGUGAAAAAUGGGUCGUGACACAGCACAAUCCAACCAAAAACGCCGCUUCAAAGGAGGUCAGAGAAACACAAGCUGGCACGAGCAACCGCCCUGUCGUUUCGAUAUACAACAUGGAUAGGUCAUUUCCGAUCCAAGCUCAAAAGGCAGUAUGCCACGAGCCUUGAUUUUUUUGAAAUGCAGGCGCAAAAAAGGAUACCCUGGGUUUCAUAAAGUGGAUAGCAACUACCAAUCAACUCCCACCAUUUCCUGUGC